GUACUUUCCGCGCCAGGAGGAUCCCGCAUCGCACCAUGGGGGCCGCCAUCUUGGAGCAUACCAAGGAGAAAGCCGGUCCGGCUGUUGAGGGCGGGGCCCAGUCGAGCCGACGCUCCUCCCCCCUCCCGGUUCCGGCAGUUGGUGCGGCCCGGGACGGCAUGGCAGCUGCUUUUCGGCCCCCGAAGCAAGCCCUGCUGCAUGCGCUGCGGAGUUUGGUGUAUCCUGGGGUGGGAGGCUCAGGCUCCCCCUGCUGCCGCUGCCCUGUCGGAGCUAAAAGAUAUCUACUUACAGAUAACAUUAUGAAAUUAAAAGAAUUUCAGCAUAAGAAGGUGGCUAUUGCACAUAGUCUUCCUGGCACCAAAGAAACCUAUUUGAGAAAGUUGGAAGAGAAAUUGACCCAGAACAAGCUCAUCUUGAAGGAGGAAUUGAGAACCGUGCUUCAUUUGUGUGAGUCCCGGGAUGAUGUGGAACUGGUUAAAAAUGUCAUUUACAGGUACCAUGCGGAGAACAGAAACAUCACUUUGGGGGAGUAUAAGUUUGGACCACUUUUCAUGAGGUUGUGCUACGAGUUGGAUGAUGAGGAGUCUGCAACAGAGCUCAUCAAAGACCAGCGCUUACGAGGUUUCUUCUCAGAUUCCACAUCAUUCAAUAUUUUGAUGGAUAUGUUAUUUAUCAAAGGCAAAUAUAAAAGUGCAUUGGAAGUAUUGAUCGAGAUGAAAAACCAAGAUGUGAAGUUCAGCAAAGAUACCUAUGUCCUUGCUUUUGCAAUUUGCUACAAACUGAAUAGCCCCGAGUCUUUCAAAAUCUGUACUACAUUAAGAGAAGAAGCCCUAAUCAAAGGAGAAGUCCUUUCCACGAGAGCAUCCUGUUUUGCUGUGGCGUUAGCUCUGAAUCAGAACCAGGUGGAAAAAGCUAUAUCCAUUUUCUCUCAAAUCAUGAAGCCAGAAAGCAUAAUCUGCACUAAUUUAAAUAUUAUGAUCCAUAUCCAGUCAAAUAUGUUUAAAACCCUGAUGGAAAUACUAAAGGAUGCUACAGAGAGAAAUUUAUCAAGAUAUGUGAAAAAACAUGCGUUCUCAGAAGAAGUGCUGGCCAAAGUGAGGGAAAAAGUGAAGGAUGUGCCCGCGCUUCUGGCCAGAUUUGAUGAGCUCUAUGAGAAACUGCACAUAAAUGGCCAGGUCACCACCUACACUUUGGAUGCUCUGCUCUGCCAUACCCCCAAGGACCAGAAAUCCCACAUGAUGCUAUUAAACAAGAGGACAGUCAGCCGUCGGACCUUCCAGCCACUCAGCCAGUCCCUGUGGGCUGAAUGAGCCUUGGUUCCGACUGCCGUGGGCCCACGUUGGAGGGGGCCUGCUUCUAGUGAGUCCCUGGUGUCCCGAGGAAUCAGGCACCGACGCCAGAGGACACUGUACUAGUUAACACUUGGUCUGCUCCUUAAUUUCCAAGCUCACUGAGUGCUGCAUGCUGACCUGAGAAGUUAAUCUGCUCUGCCACUUUGAAGAUCUAGAUACAAGCGAACAGAAGGCUCAGCUCUCUCUGAAAGGAGGUUUCUCCUGUGUAAACUGGUGAGGAUUCUGAAAGCGUCCAGUCCAGCUUCCAGUACCGGAGGAGAACCCAAUAAGCAACAGUGGGAAGGAAUUUCACUAUCAGUGGUCAACUCCUGCUAACUCCGGGAAGUAGGUACUUGCAGAUUAUACCCUUGCUGAAUUCAGAAGGUCUGAAUCCCCAUUCUACCACGCUGGGGAAUAGCCUAGGAUUUUCUCCUUGCUUCUGUCAUCAUUUAUCUGUAACCCUAAACAAGAUACUUAAGUCCUCAUUUUUCCAUCUGUAAAAUAAUAGUGUCUAUAUGAACCUGUGUGUUCAUUUGAAAUUUUCAUUCAAGGUUCAGUAAGGUCAAAUUUUCUCAAAAAAUAAGAGAAAUAAAACAAACAAAAAAAUCCCCCAGAAAACUUCUUGGGAUUCCGUUUUGUUUUCUCAGCAGCACAAACAAAACUAGAAUUUAGCUCUCAGAACUGAUAAGUAAGUGAAAAUUUAAAUGUCUGCUACUUUGGUCAUGGGUAAGCCAUGUGCUUUUCAAAAUCAGUGCCAACGGAAACCACAUAAUGCUCUCUGUAUUGCUUAGGUUUCUAUGGGUCACAAAUAUUUGAUUCUAAAAUUUGUCUCAUUUGUGUAUCAUUUUCUCUGUUCUCUCUUUGGAUAUUUUGUUGUUUUGGUAAAAAUAAAUGUCAUGACAGCAGGUCAGAGUUUUCUCAUACUGAGCUGCUACUUGAUGGUUUGAAGCACAGCACCUGGUGAGCUGUGCCCAGGUGAGGUUCAGGACUCAGCAUCUUCCUAGAGGGCUGCAGACUCUUCAGUGCUGCUUCACAAGCCAAGGCUAACUUUAUCGUUAUUCGGAGGCAAAACUUGUUCAUAGAAUCAGAAAUUUGAGAGGAGGAGAGAUUUUCUGAGUCUCUUAUUUAACUCCCUCAUCUUUCAGGUUGAGGAAAUAACUUGUCCAAAUUGGGAUCGUUUGUGUGAAGUGGAUCUGAAAUUAAAAUCUAGAAUCGUAGUCUCAUACCCUUCCCAUUAUACCACAUUAUGUCUCUCCUGAGAGAAAAUGGGAGAAUCUCUUCAGAGAUAGAAUACUAACGGCUCUCACGACUUACUGUGUGGCAUGGGCUCACCUCAGUUUCCUCAUUUGUUAAGGGGGAAAAUAACCGUCCCCACCUCAUAGGUGUGGUCUGAGGAUGGAAUGAGACAGAGAAAGCAAGCAAGACAGUGCCUGGCACAAAGUAAGUGCUAUGUAAACCUUAACUGUUGCUGUUUUACUCUGGUAACAUUCAGAAUGUCUGCUCCUAGUUGAAGAAUUAUAUAAACAAAUGAGUUCUUCCUCCUGCUCAGAAAUAUCAAAAGAAUUUCUUUGCUUAUGCUCUGUGAAGCAUUAGUAGCCACUUUUAAAGGAAAUUCUCUGCCUUCAUAGACUCUUAAUUGCAUCUUGUGUGUCUAGUGCUUUGCAAAAACAAAACAAAACAAACAUUUGGAUUUCUCUACCUUCAAAGUCUUAGGGAAUAAUAGGGCAUGCUUCCUGUCCCCCAACUUAUCUUUUAUCUUCUCCAACAUCAACAAAGAGCAUUCAAAUGACUGUUAUGCCCUGAGUAGAUGUGUCCAUGGUUGUUAGCUAACAACCAUUCAUUAGCAAAAAAAAAAAAAAAACAGCUGUGAGCGAUAAAUAGCAGCAGUGACCUUGAGCCCUGCAGCUCUGAGCAGUAGGUACCUAGUGUCCUGCUGACUGCAAGAGCGGGGCUAUGUGACCUGUCACCACAAGUCAUAAUGAGGGGCAGCAUAGUAUAGAGGUAACUGGUGUGUGUAAUGGUCACCCUCCAAAAACACGAUUCUGAAGGCAAAAAAAAAAAAAAAAAAAGUAUGUUGACUAUAUAUUGAGCAUUUUAUUUUUUAAAAUUUGGUUAAUUUGUUUGAAAAGUAUUUCUUUGCAUUCAAUGAUUUGCCUGAAGCAGCUACUUAGUUUUCAGCAAUUUGCCUGAAGUUCGUACUUAUUCUGUUAAUAAGAAUAUUUCCCUGGACAGAACAUCUUACUCCCCAACUCUGUUAUGUGCCUCUGUAGAUGUUUUCACUUCUGGUAAAUAAAUGUCUAUUGCUCCAGAAUCCAAAAAUCGCCCUGGUGAGUACAGAACAGUAUGUGAGACACAAAAAGAUGUCUCUUUACUUAGGACAUCAGGACAGUGUUCUGGUUAUCAAUUGCUGUGUCAAAAACACUCCAGAAUUUAAUGGCUUAAAACAACACCAAUUAUCUGAUUAUUUCUCAUGAUCCUUCGGGGAUGAGGAUAAUUGGGCUCACCAGGCAGUCCUUUCUCAGGGUCUCCUGCGGUUGUAGUCAGAUGAUGGCUGGGACUGGAGUCACCUCAAAGGCUUUCUUCCUCACUUAUAUUUCGGGCAAUUUGAUAGCAGGACCUCAGCUGAGGCUGAGGCCCGAUCAUCUACAUGUACUUACAGUAGGUUGGUGCAGAAGUACUUGUGGUUUUUGCAAUUAUUUUUAACCUUUUAAACCACAGUUACUUUUGCACCAACCUAAUACACAUCCAUCUAAACUAAGACAACAUAUGGGAAAAUUGCGCUGAGCUUGACAAAAACAACCUAAGAUUCAAAUUUAUAACAUUUCUAUCUACAGAUUUGGGAAAAUUAAACUUAGUAGAUAAAAUACCCAUUUAAAAAAUCACAAUGGCAGAAGCUGUGAUCAGUGAAAUUUGAUAUGCAUUAUGCACAAAAAAAGUGUGAUGAACCAAAUCAUUGUGAAUUGGUUCCAAUGGAAAUAUUUCAGAAGAGAUAAAAAAAAGUGAUUAAGGCAAUGGUUUAACUGUAUUGCAUAGGUAAUAAAGGAAUUAAGAUGGC